GAUCGCUCUUUUUUGGGAGGACGGUAGCUUUUUUUUGGGGAGCACGGUAUCUGGCUAUUUGCCCGCCUUUCGGCGCCUUUCCCGCGUCGUACCAUAUAUCGAGCAGCGAUUUCCAAAGCCACAGUCGAUGCUUAGCGCGGGACUGCGGAAAGCAAGGCUGCUUGGGCCAGUCAAAGCAGCUCUCGUCUUCAAGCUCCUGGGGAACUACGGUGGCUGUUGCGGGCCCCCGCGGUGAUCUUUUCGCCUUGCGGACGAGCGGCGGGAAGCACGUCGAUGUCGUGUCUGGCUGUGGGACGUCGGAUUUCAUCGUCCCGCCCACCGACAUCGUCGUCCUGGCUACCCGGCUCCAUCGCCACGUUUUCGAAAGUGAACGAAACUUCUCUUCCUCUCGUGUCUUCACAAGCAAUAAGAGGGCGCAGCGUUUCUUCGUGAUUGAAAGCUUCAUAUGCGCAUGUGUCUUGUGGUGUCUUUCUCUCUUGCAUGCGAUGGUGUGACGGCUGCCUUUGCGUGAUAUAGUCUAAGUGUUUCCUGAUUGGCUACUACGGUUUUAUCGGCAGCGUUGUGAGGCAUUGUGCACCCUCCUCGCUUCCCUUCUCUCCCUCUCGUGCCUUGCCUACCUUGCUGUGGCCGUCUCUGCUGUUGUUGCUCGGUCGUUCGAUCUCGUUGCCUAGCAUCUGCGAUCGCCACGUCACGUCGGACCUUGCUCUUGCUGCCUGAACUCCAUCUUUGUCGUCGAGGUCGAGGGAGGGAACAACAGUAAGUUAUUGGGCACCCAGUUAUUAUCGACUUUUCUGUCGUCGUUCGCGUUGAAGCUUGCCGCCAUGGCCACAGGACUGGCGAGCUUCGCAGGGAUGACGGCUCUAGAAGUUGUCACACGUGGUGACGUGGCCCUUCCAUGCACCGACGGGUCAGUCAGUGGUAGUGGCGGGGGUCUUCUGCGAGGGGUGGGCGCGCCCAUUCGUCUUCGCAAGGAGGCGACUGUGCGACACGGUGUGCGACUGCAAGAUGGGCGAGUGUCCUCGCCAUUGUCAGCGGGUGCGAACGUGAGCGGCGUGGGUACGGUAGUUGUUGCGCAGUCUUCUCACGGGUCAGCGAUCGCCGAGAGACCCGUCCAAAGGUCACCGUCUACCAACAUGGGUCCAGCUACGAGCUCCCGCCCGAAGCGAGAGUUUUUGACGGUAUCAGAUGCAAUGACGGGUGGGAAGAUUGUGUCCGUGAAGGCUGGAACAACAAUCGAUGAAGCCCUUCAGUUCCUUGUGGAUCACAGGAUUUCUGGAAUGCCAGUUGUCAAUGAUGACGGUCAGCUGAUUGGGGUUGUGUCGGACUAUGAUCUGCUGGCGCUGGAUUCAAUCGUUGGCAGCAAACCAGGGGAUCAUAAUAUCUUUCCAGCUGCUGGAAGCACAUGGAAGGCUUUCAAGGAGAUCCAAAAGCUUUUACAUAAAAUGAGAGGCAAGACAGUUGGCGAGGUCAUGACUCCUCAUCCUCUGGUCGUCCGGUCAAUGACUAAUCUCGAGGAUGCUGUCAGGCUACUCCUGGAGAGCAAGUUCAAGCGCCUUCCGGUUGUGGAUGACAAUGGAAAACUGGUAUGAUCUUUAUACUUUCCGGUCCCCACCACAACAGCCUAUUUUGAAUACCCAGAUAUACCGUCUCUCCUACACAGACACACUCGUAUACACAGAAGGACGCAGAAAUAGCUUGCUUCAUGUAGAAUUCCAGUUGUUCUUGGGUUUCUGAAGUCCGAGGUGUGUGAAAGCAUGAAUGGGUUUACGUGAUUAGGAAGUGUGAUCAGAGGAGACCGUAAGAGCAUGGUACAUGCAGGAGCUCUGAGACCUGCUGAACUUCUGUAUACCAUUUCUAGCCCGAUUGAAAGGAGGUUAUUCCAUAUGCAUGGGAUUUGCGAAUUGUUAAUGGUGUCAUCUUAUGACAUUAUCUGAAAACUGGGGAUCUUUCUGUGGAAGUUAUGAUAUACUAUAGCUAGCGCGAUUCCGAGAGUCCUGACCUGCAAGAUGGCCGCCCCUGGAAUCAUUUUUGUUGGCGUCCAUUCUUACAACAGUCACUGUGCCGGUAAUGCUGUCAAGUAUCAGAGAUUACAUGGAACCUUCACAGAAAGAACAGUUUGUUGGUGGAGUCGAUCACAGGUAGACUUCUUUCCCUUGUGUUAGGCAAUCGCCUCUAUCGAUCCUCAAGAGGCCAUAGCCCAGAUGCAUGGAAACUAGUAGUUGUGGUGAUAUGGUCGAAUCGUCAUGAUGACGUGAGGUGCAAGAGGACGCACAUUGUAUUUCCUCAAGCUUUGGAGGAAAGGAUGGAAGAGAGGAAGGGAGAAGUUUCGGCAAAACCAAGGUGUAUGCAUCAUGAAUGUAUGAUGAAGACUGCAAGGGAAUUUCAGGCACGAUCAGACACUUGGCAUGCUCUUGUAUGUGUGUGUCAUGCCAUUCUGCAGGAACCUGGUCGAGAAUAGUGGGGAAAUUCAGGCACACACUUGUAUGCUUAACGUACACAUGGGACAGUGUUGGUAAACGAGCUUCCCUGUGUUAAGGUGUAAAUCAGGACAUGAG